ACCUUGCACACACGCACCAUCACACACCAUCACCCUCUCUCUUUCCUCCUCUUCAUUGGCAUAAUUGAGAUAGCGAGAAAGAUACAACAAAAAAUAAGAAUCACGAAUCAAGAAGAUGGGAAGAGCACCGUGUUGUGACAAGGCUAACGUGAAGAAAGGGCCCUGGUCUCCUGAAGAAGACGCAAAACUCAAAGAUUACAUCGAGAAUAGUGGCACAGGAGGCAACUGGAUCGCUUUGCCUCAGAAGAUUGGUCUAAAAAGAUGUGGGAAGAGUUGCAGACUAAGGUGGCUCAACUAUUUAAGACCAAACAUCAAACAUGGUGGCUUCUCUGAAGAAGAGGACAACAUCAUUUGUAACCUCUAUGUUACUAUUGGUAGCAGGUGGUCUAUAAUUGCUGCACAAUUGCCUGGAAGAACAGACAACGAUAUCAAGAACUAUUGGAACACGAGGCUGAAGAAGAAGCUUCUUAACAAACAAAGAAAAGAGUUCCAAGAAGCUCGAAUGAAGCAAGAGAUGGUGAUGAUGAAGCGACAACAACAAGGACAAGGCCAAAGUAAUGGUAGUACAGAUCUUUAUAUGAACAACAUGUUUGGAUCAUCACCAUGGCCGUUACUACAUCAGCUUCCUCCUCCUCCUGAUCAUUAUCAAGUACCUCUUGUGAUGAUGGAACCAACAAGCUCCAAUUACUACCAAAUGACACCGUCUUGCAACUUAGAACAAAAGCCGUUGAUCACACUCAAGAACAUAGUCAAGACUGAAGAAGAGAACCCCGAUCAUCAUCAUCUUGAAGAUUCUAUCACAAACCCUUUUGAUUUCUCCUUCUCUCAGCUUUUGUUAGAUCCUAAUUACUACGUGGAGUCAGGAGGAGGAGGAGGAGAAGGAGAGUUUGCUAUCAUGAGUAGCACCACGAACUCUCCAUUACCAAACAAAAGUGCUGAUCAUCAUCAGCAUCAACAACAAGAGAUUCUUCAAUGGUUUGGGAGUUGUGAUUUUCAGACAGAAGCAAUCCAUGAUGCGUUCUUGAACAACAACAACAUAGCGAAUCUUGAGACCAACGAGAACACAAAAUUCUAUGGAAACUCAUCAGUAGCCGGAGGAACGGCGACUACAUCAGCUGAUCAAAGCACAAUAAGUUGGGAGGACAUAACCUCUCUUGUUAACUCCGAUGAUGCAAACUACUUCAAUGGGCCAAAUCAUGUGUAAUUUUUUUUGUAAAAUUUUAUUUUUACUUAUAUAUAUAUAGAUGAGUUUUGUAUAAAUUUGUGUCAUAUGGAUUGAGAUUAAUAUUCAUGCAGACAUUUGUUUAUUUUAGUUUCACCUCAGCUUUAUUUACGACUGUUUUUUAUGAUUAAUGUUUUUAUAAAUGUAAA